AGACGCCAAAAAAAGUUGUUUUUCGUAGUCAGGAACUGCGAAAUCUUGACUCUGCGAAAAGAUUAUAUUUUAUACUGAAUUAAUCAUGAUAUAUUAUCUUUAUAUGCUAUUUUCAUCAAAUGAAUGAUCGGAUUCAUAACUGCAGUUUAAGGUGAUGAUUAAGUGUUUUGCCGAUGUAUAUUUCUGUAGUUUUAUGGAGUGAUUUGUACAGACCGGACGAAAUUAGCAUCUCUCUUCUGUGGAUCUGGCUCUGUGGCCGCAGACGUUAUACCACACAGGCCGCCCUGCACUCGCUGGUCCGCCCGCGCCUUUCCGUAAGGCGCUGCUGAGUUCGUCGUCGGGCGUUUUGCCAGUAGAUUGACACUGCACCGACAAGUGACAGUGACAACAAGUCACGAAUACGAAGACGGAAUUAAGCUAAAUUUACCAUGGAUUGGGGUGAAAGUGGUCAAGUGGAUGAGCUUGAAAGCAGCUUCAGCGAUCUUGGAUUGGAAAGGUCGAUCACAAGUGGAUUAAAGACUGCUGAAGAAAUCGAAAGUUUAACUGUUGAUGAACAUUUGGGAGAUAUUGACAGAGCAGUCUUUUUACUAAGCUCUGGGCAAGAAGUGCAACGAUUAAGUGUCAUUCAGAACCUACCCAACCUCCUAAAGAACAAUAAUGUUGAUGCUAUGCGCAGAGUCGUACCCAAAGUCAGGGAUGUGUUACACUUAGCGAGCCAAGACCUCCAGGAGGCAGCCGCAGCAGCAUUUGUGAAGAUAGCGGAGGACCAAUCAGUGCCGCACCUUACCUAUGCACAGACAUUCCUACAGACGAUCUUACAGAAUGCUGAUAAUAGAGACCCAGAUAUUUCUGAUUCGUGGUUAGAAGUCUUACUCAAAGUCAUUGCACACCUUCCAAAGGAUGUCCUCAAGAAAGAUAUUCUACCCAUUGCUCUCAGUAAAGGCCAGCUGGCCCAGUCUGUUCAAUCCCGUCUAGCAAGCUGUCGACUGCUGGGAAAGAUUGCUACACGUUUUGACACCUUCAUGAUCAAGAAGGAAAUCUUACCUUUGGUUACAUCUCUGUGUCAGGAUGUGGAUUAUGAAGUCAGAGCAUGUAUGUGUAAACAGCUAGAUAGUGUGGCGAGAGGAUUGGGCCUGGAGCCUACCAGAAGUGCAAUACUACCUGAACUUGUUGAACUGGGCAAGGAUGAAGAGAGCUGUGUAAGACUAGCAGCACUAGAAACUAUAGUUAGCUUACUCAGUCUUCUAGACGAUGUGAAUUUCAUACCGCCAGAUACCUGCACGCAGACGAUCAUCCCUUUAGUUCGUAAAUUUUGUGAGAAUGCCAUGAACAAUGAAGAUUCUACCCUACCCUCUGUUGCUAAGCAGUUUGGAAGGUUAUGCCAUGGGUUAUCAGUAAAUCUCACAGAGGAAUUGAAACUUUGGUUCCUGAAGUAUUACUACAAGCUGUGUUCUGUAGGGCUGAAUGAGAAAAGCAUCAGUAAUGAUAGAUUGGAGCAGUCAGGCGCAUCGUCUAAUAGCUCCACUAAGAAUUCACCAAUGCUGUCCAUGUACAGAGAGGAACACAGGCUGACAGAAUGCAGGCAAUAUUCUGCAUAUAACUUCCCUUGUAUGGUGCUAUUUGCCGGUGCACGUAAGUUUAAAGCUGAACUCCAUGGAACCUUUGCCAGUCUCUGUGAUGAUCCUCAGCCUCAAGUCAGGGCUACUCUAGCAUGUGGUUUUCAUGAAGUGGCUCAUCUCUUAGGAAACAAUGUAUCUUGUAUUCAUGGAGAGCUGGUUAGUCUACUCAAAGAUGAAAAUCUACAGGUUUUACAGGGUAUUACAUCUCACCUCCCUGAGACUUUGGUAACAUUCUCUAAAGGAGCACUAAGCAGUAGUGGUCAUCAUCUCGAUAAUAAGGUAUAUGGUGUUGGUGAUUUGAUACCAGCCAUCUUGGCUGCAGAGAGUAGAGCAUCCAACUCAAGGAAUUGGAGACUCCAUGUUGAUAUUCUAGAGAAACUUGCCUGUCUUCCCAAGUGCUUAACAAGCGAUCAGAUCCAUUCCAAGUUUAUUCCUCUUUUCUUCAAGCAUGUCACUAGUCAUAGAGCAUUGCCGAUUCAGCAUGCAGCAGCCAGGACAUUGUGUGUUCUAAUGAGAAACUGUAGGAAGUUAGAUCAUAGACAAGACAUGGUAGCUAAGCUUAUCCACGAGUGCUGUAGGAGUAAAAGUAGUCGCUAUAGGAGGUUAUACAUUGACAUAUGUGUCAUAGUCAUGGAGAUGUUCUCUAAAUCAUUCUUCAAGGAGAAUUUCAUGGAGCCAUUGAUGGAUCUCACAGCGGAUCCUGUUCCUAAUAUCAGGUUAAAGAUGUGCUCUCUGCUUCCUCGGAUCAAACAUCAGAUGAAGCUACCUGAGGACAGAGAGAAUCUUCAAGCCUUGGAGUUGGUCGUUAGAAGACUACUCUCAUCAGAGAAAGAUAAAGAUGUAGAUGUGGCCAUUAGACAAGCUGUUUUUGAAUUGGACAGAAUACAAGUUCAUGUAGACUCACUGAACAUGUCACAGUAUUACGAAGACGACCUGCAGGACAGAAAGAAAGAGGCUGAAGAACGUUCCAUGCUGGAGAUUGAGAGAAGGAAUAUGGAUGAAGGAAUAGAGAAAGGAGCAAGAGAGAAAGGAUCAGCCAGGCAUGCAGAGAAGAAGAAAGAAAAAGAGAGCAAAACAGAAAAGAACGUCCACACACACAGUCAGUCCAAUCCAGCAUCCGCUCCAUCAACUUCUUCAAGGAAAGUGUCUAAAAGCACCAGCCACAAACACAUUAGUACACCGUCAGGGAGCAAGAGCUCUCUGACUAACGGCCCCCAAACCGGCAAAAAUAUUGCCUCGUCAUCAUCCACCAAAAGCUCAGUCUCGAAUGGUCCCCACACGGGAAAAAAUAUUGCUUCGUCGUCAGCAAAGAGUUCAGUGUCUAAUGGUACCCCCACCGGCAAAAAUAUUGCCUCGUCGUCAGCAAAGAGUUCGGUGACUAAUGGUCCCCCUGGUGGGAAACAUAAUGCACCAACAUCGUCUUCCAGGAAGACUUCCCCUCCACAGGGCCCUCCAAUGAACACUGCCAUGAGAGGAAAAACUGCAUCUCACAAGGCCCAGAAAACAUCCAAGAGUGAGGUAUCAUCGGCACCCCCCUCUAGAACAUCCACCAGGGCGGGGAAGAAGUCCCCCUCGGCUACCCUUCUCGAACCAAAUAAUAACGUCAAGUCAACUACAAGCCGUAAUAGGUCUGGUUCUGAUGGCUUGCUUGCUACGUCUAUGAUGCGGAAUACAAGAACUACAAGGGUUCUAGAAUACAGUAGUUCCUUGUCAUCUCCUACAGCCAGCAGUGCAGCUAAAAGAUCAACCAGUGGAACACAUGUGUCAGAAUCCAGGAAGUCUUCAGCAUCAUCAGUAAGCUCAACUCGGUCUGGCAAUUCUUCUAGUCAUCUAUCAACUUCCACCUCUUCAACGAGAGUGAGGAAGUCCUCACACAAGACUUGAUGAGAAAUGGAAUGUACUUCUAAUAUAUCCUACAUAUCUGCUACAGGAACAAAUUGCCAUAUGAAGAGUGAAUGCAUGUAUGACAGUGUGAACCAAUGUUACAGUGACCAGUCAUUCAUGCUAUAUUUUAGAUGACUGACAUGGAGGGAUAGCAAAUGUCAAAUUGACAGAGCUAGACAGUUCAAUAGGGACAUAGCGAUCAUGGCGUCUUGACUUAUCUGACAAGUAACAGUGGCUGACGAAUGCUGUACACGGCUAGCAUGUUAGCAUCUGUGCAUUUUGACGGAAUUACAUUUCGGGGAUAACUGGGGAGUGAUCGUGAGAGGAGUUGUCUGAUGUUCCAUCGGCUGAGUCUGCUUGAUAAGACAGUUACCAUAGUAACAGUCAGUCAGACGCCUAUGCUGCACAGCCUUUCAAAAUUAAGGAAAUUUAUUACAUUUGGCAACUUGUCAGAUGAUAAUUGAUGAAUUACACUCUGAUUUCAGCCAUCUGCGUUAAUGGUGAUUUAGGCUUUUUCUUUGUGUGGAAUAAUUCCCCUUGGAUGAGCUUUUGCCAUGUUGAUAGAAUAUUAGUGGGAGACAAAAUUAAGUAAUGUAUCUUUGAUGUAACAAAUGCCUGUGCGUGUGAUCUUACAUAAUUUGUUGUCACCACUUCAGCAAAUCAUCAUGUUGGAAAGAGGAAAAAGUGGUAGCUCUGAUCCAAGGAGAUUUUUUUUUCAUUCAGUUCUCCAGGUCAGAUUGGGGAAAAAUCUCACCAUUUUAUUAAAAGAAAAAAAAUGCAGCUUUAUUAUUCAAAUGGCAUAAGCAUGAAAUGUUAUGAAUGUGCUACAAGUCGCAUUAAAUCAGUUAAUGCCAGAUCGUUAUUUUGCACAUUUUUUUUCAUUAUGUUGAGAAUGAUUUGAAGUGGAUGAAAAAUAUAUUCCCCAUAUUUUUUGUGACAAUUGGCAAAUUUCGUAAAAUAGUUUUCUGCACAUUGCAGAAGUGAGAUAAUAUAAAUUAUUCAAUAAUGUUUUCACCACACUCCAUUUUGAAAUAGGUUUUUUUCAAUUCCAAUACAUGUACCAUGAUUCAUCUGAAUAAUAACAGCUGUAUUUACCUUUUCAGGCACAGUUUGGUUCAGUCUUUGAAAGAAUAAUUUUUUUACUGAAAUGAUAUUAGAAAUCAAAGCAAGGAUGAAUGAAUUGCUCCAGUGAUACGAGACAGGAAUUUCUGGCUUAUAUGUUGUGAGCAUUGAUCAUCACAGGAAAGUUUAAAUCGACAUAUUUAUUUAUUAAUUUUUGCUGUGUGUUCUCUGUAAUGUUUGAAC